AUGCUCACCACAGAGCAACUCGUGGAUCUUUCGGAGAAUUUUAAUACGGUGGAUGAAAAUGGUUCCGGAUAUUUACCACAUAGUGAUCUACAGGCUGCACUUAAAGUGCUCGGCAUUGAUGUGCCAGGAUACAAAAUGCGUGAACUCUCUGAUCGAUACGGUUUUUCAAAUUCGGAAAGGAUUGAAAUUGCUCGAUUUGCAACACUCUUUCAAGAACUGGAGAGAGCAAAACAUGAAGAAACAAACAGAUGGAAAGAAAGAAUCGGAUCUCUUAGCGGCGCAUAUCAAGUGGCUAGUGAUAAACAGGACAACACUGUUCAUACAAUCAGGACGGAGGAAGAGAAAGCAUUUUCAAAUUGGAUUAACUCAAAUUUAUCAAUGGAUCCUGAUCUGAAGCGACUUCUUCCUGUAAUUCCCGAAGGAAACGAUCUAUACACUAAAAUUCAAGACGGUCUAAUUAUAUGUAAACUUGUCAAUUUGGCCGUUGCUGGCACGAUUGAUGAGAGAGCAAUUAAUAAAAAGAAUCUAAACACCUAUACGAAGCUAGAAAAUCUCACAUUAGCACUCAUGUCAGCCCAGGCCAUCGGUUGCAACAUUAUCAAUAUCGAUAACAUAGAUCUUAGCAAAGGAACUCCUCAUCUUGUACUUGGAUUGCUUUGGCAAAUCAUUAGGAUUGGCCUUUUCAAUCAAAUCGAUUUGCAACAUUGUCCUGGUCUAUUCCGACUUCUAAGGGAAGGUGAAACACUUGAUGAUUUGAGAAAACUUUCACCUGAAGAAAUCUUGAUGCGAUGGGUGAACUACCACAUGGAGAAGUUGCUUAUUUCUGUAUUCCAUGCGGGUGUUUCGCGUCGUCUGACUAACUUUACCAUGGAUAUCAAUGAUUCUGAGAUCUACACACACCUGCUUCACCAGAUUGCACCUGCUGGCAGCGGUGUUUCAUUGUAUCCACUUUCUGUGAAGGGCAAUGUGAAUCGUGCUUCGGCUAUGUUAGAUGAAGCGGAAAAACUCGAUUGUCGUGAAUUUGUGACCCCGAACGAUGUUGCGAGUGGAAACUACAAGUUGAAUCUUGCGUUCGUCGCUAACCUCUUCAAUAAACAUCCAAAUCUACCAGAACCAGCUGCGGAUGAAAUUAUUGAGGAAGUCGUUGAAGAGACACGUGAAGAGAAGACCUACCGAAACUGGAUGAACUCAAUGGGAGUAGAUCCUUUCGUCAAUUGGCUUUAUAGCGAUCUGCAGAACGGCUUAAUUAUUUUCCAGCUAUACGACAUUAUACGACCCGGUAUUGUGCAGUGGAAACGGGUGGUUCGUGUAUUCCACAAGUUAAGAGGAAUGAUGGACCAAAUCCAGAACUGUAACUAUGCUGUCGAGCUCGGCAAGCAGCUGCGGUUCUCAUUGGUUGGCAUUCAGGGCAAGGAUAUCUAUGACGGAAAUCAAACUCUAACACUAGCUCUCGUGUGGCAGUUAAUGAGAGCCUAUACGUUGACAAUCCUUGCUAAAUGCACUCAGAGGGGAGACGCGCUCCCUGGUGAUAAGGAUAUUGUGGCUUGGGUCAAUGAGAAGCUGGCCUCGUGCGGGAAAUCCUCGUCAAUCCGCUCGUUCCAAGAUCCCUGUAUCUCAGAUGCGCUGGUUGUACUAGACCUCGUCGAUGCCAUAAAACCUAACAUUAUUGAUCAUUCACUAGUGAAAACGGAUAGAAGUGUCACUAGCAAUAUGGAAAAUGCCAAAUAUGCUAUUACAUGUGGCCGUAAAAUCGGUGCCAAGAUAUAUGCACUACCGGAAGACAUUGUUGAGGUAAAGCCGAAGAUGGUCAUGACGGUCUUCGCCUGCCUAAUGGCUCGUGAUUAUAUGCCCGACAUGAGAGAGUCUGCUACGGCUCCAGUUAAACCAUUAAUCUCCUAA